AUGUUCUCCCUGCUCAGCGGGCUGGCUUUACUGGCUGUCUCCUUCCUGCUCCUGAAACUUGGCACCAUCUACUGGGAAAGGAGCCGCCUUCCUCCUGGUCCUUUCCCCUUCCCCAUCCUUGGAAACCUAUGGCAACUAAGCUUUCAGCUGCACCCAGAGACACUUCUCCAGCUGGCCCAGGCUCACAGCAACGUGUUCACCGUGUGGGUGGGCCCGACGCCCGUGGUGGUGCUGAGCGGCUUCCGGGUGGUGAAGGAAGCCCUGGUCUCCAACUCGGAGCAGUUCUCAGGCCGGCCCCUCACCCCGCUAUUCCGGGACCUGUUUGGAGAAAGAGGGGUCAUCUGCAGCAACGGGCACACGUGGAGGCAGCAGAAACGCCUCUGCCUGGCAACGCUUCGGGAGCUAGGCCUAGGCAAGCGGGCACUGGAGCUGCAGUUGCAGGGGGAGGCGGCAGAGCUGGCAGAGGCCUUCCACCAGGAGCAGGGUAGACCCUUCGACCCUCGGGUACACAUUGUCACAUCCACGGCCAGAGUCAUUGGGGCCCUCGUGUUUGGCCGCCACUUCCUCUUGGAGGAUCCCUUCUUCCAGGAACUGAUUCAAGCCAUCGACUUUGGCCUGGCCUUUGUCAGCACCAUUUGGCGCAGGCUGUAUGAUCUGUUCCCCUGGGCCUUCCGCCGCCUCCCAGGCCCCCACCAGGAGAUGUUUAGGUACCAGAAGGCUGUGCGGGGCUAUGUCUGCCGGGAGAUCAACAGACACAAACUCAGGACACCUGAGGCCCCCAAGGACUUCAUCAGCUGCUACCUGGCCCAGAUCACUAAGGCCACGGACGACCCUGUCUCCACAUUCAAUGAAGAAAACCUGAUCCAGAUGGUGGUCGACCUGUUUCUGGGAGGCACCGACACCACGGCCACUACCCUGUGCUGGGCACUCAUCUACAUGGUCCAGCAUGGAGCCAUCCAGGAGAGGGUGCAGCAGGAGCUGGAUGCGGUGCUGGGCACCUCCCGGGCCGUCCGCUACGAGGACCGCGAGCAACUGCCCUACACCCGCGCCGUCCUCCACGAGGUGCAGCGCCUCAGCAGCGUCGUGACCGCAGGUGCCGUGCGCCAGUGCGUGACCUCCACCCGUGUGCACGGCCACCCCGUGCCCAAGGGUACCAUCAUCUUGCCCAACCUGGCCUCUGUGCUAUAUGACCCUAAGUGUUGGGAGACCCCCCAACAAUUCAACUCUGGCCACUUCCUGGACAAGGAUGGAAACUUCCUGGUCAAUGAGGCCUUCCUGCCAUUCUCUGCAGGGCAUCGGGUGAGCCUAGGGGACCAGUUGGCUCAGAUGGAGCUCUUCCUGAUGUUUGCCACCCUCCUCAGGACCUUUUGGUUCCAACUGCCAGAGGGGAGCCCAGGGCUCAGGCUGGAGUACAUCUUUGGGGGCACUCGGCAGCCCCGGCCCCAGAAGAUCUGUGCCGUGCCCCAUCUGAACUGCCCCAGCCCAGGUCCUGGAGAGGAGGGCGCUCUGAUGAGUGACAUUGGAGAGUAG